AUGUGGAAAAAAAUUGGAUCACGAAAUGGAAAUAGGACCCGGAAAGAUUUGGAGUUACGGAUUGGAACAUGGAAUAAAAGAACGCUUUUUAAACUAGGCGCACUGAAAUGUAUGAUUGAUGAAAUUAGAAGAUAUAAAGUCCCCAUAGUAGCCAUACAGGAGGUUCGAUGGCUCAAUAGUAGUAGUAUACAAAGUGGCAACUCAAUAAUUUUCUACAGCGGUCUACAAACAGGUAGACAUAAGAAGGGAGUCGGUUUUGUGAUUAACAAAGCCAUGAUGAAUCAAGUUAAAAAAUGUGUGCCAGUGAAUGAACGUAUUUGCUACAUACGAGUCACGCAACAGAAACUAGAUCUAAUAAUAUUGAACUGCUAUGCACCGACUGAAAAUGCAGACGACGGGGAAAAAAAUAGUUUCUAUGAUACGUUAGAAGCAACUUUUGACGUUUUGCCUAAAAACUGUAUCAGGCUAAUUGUCGGAGAUUUAAAUGCUCAAGUUGGUAGAGAAACGUCCUUUGGACAAACGAUUGGAAAAGAAAGCUGGCAUCUUACGACAAAUAACAAUAGUCAAAAAAUAGUUGACUUUUGCUCUUCAAAAGACCUCAUAAUUAGCAGCACCUAUUUCCCAAGAAAAAACAUUUAUAAACAUACAUGGUCUGCCCCAGAUGGGAAAACUAAAAGUCAAAUUGACCAUAUCAUAAUAGACAAGAGGCAAAAAACAUCAGUUCGUAAUAUUAGAAGUUACAGAGGAGCUGAUGGAGAUACUGACCAUUAUUUAGUUGUUGCAACGUUUGUAUUAAAGCUUUCAGUAAAAUGGAGGAGUAAAAAACAAACAGGAAAGAAUAAUAAACUGAAUAUAGAAAAAGUAAGGAACUCGAAGGAGAUAGACACAUACCAAAAAGAAAUUUCGGAAAAUCUCAGGAAAUAUAAUCUUACAGAAUAUGAAUCGGAUAAAGUUACACUGUGA